AUGGCUUCCUCCGCUUCUUCAACCCCUACUAUAUGGACACAUGAUGUGUUUCUCAGUUUUAGAGGUGAAGACACCCGAACUAGUUUUACGGACCAUUUGUACCAUGCUUUGAUCCAGAAAGGAAUUGGUACCUUUAGGGAUGAGGAAAACCUGAAGAGGGGAAAAUCGAUUGGCCCAGUACUGUUGAAAGCUAUUGAAGAAUCUAGAUUUGCAGUCGUCAUUCUUUCAGAGGACUAUGCUUCUUCAGGAUGGUGUUUAGAUGAACUUGCGCAUAUUGCUGAAGGCAUGAAAGAGAGGAAACUCCAUGUUUUCCCGGUUUUCUAUCACGUCAAGCCAUCCGAGGUGAGACAUCAAACUGGAAACUUUAGCGAGGCCUUUGCUAAACAUGAAGAAAAUUUCAAGGGCAAUAUGGAGAAGGUGGACAAGUGGAGGAAAGCUUUAGGGGAAAUAGCCGCUAUCUGGGGUUGGGUUCUGGAUAAAGACAGUAAGGAAGCAGAAGUUACUCAAGAUAUAGCCGAUAAGAUUUCAACUAUAUUACACCGCAUGCCGUCAUUUGGCGAAGAUUUAAUUGGAAUGGGUCCUCGUAUAGAGAAAAUGGAGUUGUUUUUGGAUCUUAAGGAGCGUGAUGAUGUUCGUACCAUAGGGAUUUGGGGGAUGGGGGGCAUUGGCAAGACAACUCUGGCGGAACUAGUGUAUAACAAGAUCCGCAACCAGUUUCAAACUAGCCACUUUCUUCACGAUGUCAGAGAGGAAUCUGAAAAACAGGGUCUAGUUUCCUUGCAGAACGUUCUUUUCGAAAAACUACUCUGUUGCUCCGGGGAUGACAUACAUAAUGUCCAUAUGGGAAUGAGUUCAUUGAAGAGACGACUGCGUACUAAAAAGGUGCUUAUCGUUCUGGACGAUGUUGAUCAUCAGAAACAAGUACAAGCUUUAGUUGGAAAUGAUUGGUUGGGUCGAGGAAGCAGAGUCAUUAUAACGACUAGAAAUGAGCAAUUGUUGAAGGCAUAUGGAGCGUACCACAUAUUUGAGGUUGAGAAACUGAACGAUGAAGAAGCCUUUCAGCUCUUCUGUAAGAAAGCCUUCAAGAAAGGCCAUGAGAUGGCUGAUGACUACACAAAGCUGUCCAAGGGUUUUGUCAAAUAUACCAAUGGCCUCCCUUUAGCUCUUGAAGUUCUGGGUGGCGCCUUGUGUGGGAAAACGGUGGCUGAAUGGGAGAGUAAAUUUGCUAAACUGAAAAAAGAUCCUGAUGACAAAGACAUUUUUCCUGCACUUCGAAUAAGUUACGAUGGAUUAGAGGAAACAGAGAAGCAAAUCUUCUUGGACAUUGCAUGUUUCUUCAAAGGAGAAGAUCACAAUGGUGUAGAUAAAAUUUUGGAUGCUUGUCACUUUCAUCCAACAAUCGGUAUUAGGGUCCUCCAGGAUAAAUGUCUAGUUAAAAUUAAUAGAGGAAACAGACUGUGGAUGCAUGAUUUACUACAACAAAUGGGUUGGAGCAUUGUUCAUGGAGAAUCUUCUGAGCCAGGCAAACGCAGCAGAUUAUGGGUUAGUGAGAAUGUCUCGGAGUAUAAAGAUAGCAGGUCGUGGGAUGACGUCAACACUGUACUCGAGGAUAAUUUGGGAACAAUUGCUGUUCACGGAAUGUUCCUAACCUUGCCUGCAAAGGAAGAGAUAGAGUUGGAUGCUGAUCCAUUCUCAAAUAUGCGCGGACUAAAAUUGUUGAAGAUUUGUAAUGCCAACUUUUCUGAAUGUCCUGAAUAUUUCUCUAGACAGUUACGGCUUUUGGAAUGGCAUGAAUAUCCUUCAGAGUCCCUACCCCCAAGUUUUCGGCCAUCUUCCCUUGUUGAACUUAGGUUGCCUAACAGCCGCAUUAAACAACUAUGGCAUGAAAUGCGCGUUCCUAUGAUGGAAAAGUUGACGCUAAUCGAUCUUUCCAACUGCAAAUGCUUGACCAAGACCCCAGACUUCAGUAAGGUCCCAAAUCUUAUGGGUUUGACUCUUGAAGGUUGUGAGAAGUUAUCAGAGCUUCACGCAACAAUUUGGGAUCGCCAACAUCUGGUUUCGUUGAACUUGAAGGGUUGUGAAUGUCUAGAGAGCCUUCCCCAUUCCAUUUGCUUGGAAUCUCUUCAAAAUUUUGUUCUUUCAGGAUGUUCAAGACUCGAAAGUUUUCCAGAGAUUGUGGGAAACAUGGGACACUUGUCAGAACUUCAUUUAGAUGGGACCGGGGUAAGGGAGUUGCCGCUAUCAAUCAAGCACUUGACUGGCCUUAUUGUGUUAAAUCUAAGAGAAUGCAAGAACCUUUUGAAUGUUCCAAGCAUCAUUUGCAGUUUGGCAUCCUUGAAAUAUCUAUUUCUGUCAGGCUGCUCACUGAUUGACCAACUGCCAGAAAACAUAGGGAGCCUGGAACUUUUAAAAGAGCUUGAUGCCUGUCAAACAGCCAUAAGAAGAUUGCCUUUGUCUAUUUUACUUCUGAAGAACCUCCAACGGUUAUGUUUAUUUGGUUGUACAGGUUUGCAGCUCCCUCACUCGUUCUCGGGUUUAUCCUCUUUGGUAUACUUAAAUCUUAGCGGAUGCGGUCUAGGAGAAGGAGCAAUUCCUGAUGAUAUUGGCAUAUGCUUAUCCUCAUUGCGGAGUUUAGGUUUGAGUGAAAACAAUUUUGAGAGCAUACCUGAAAGCAUAUCUCAACUUUCUGAGCUUACAGAACUUACCUUGUUCAAUUGUUGCAAUCUGCGAUUGUUGCCAAAACCUCUUCCACCGAGCCUAAAACAUUUGGAUGCACAUGGUUGUCCUUCGCAGACAAACUAUCCAAAAACCCUGAACAUAUGGACAUCUGAUGAUGGUAUCUGUUUCAUAGAUUGCCAAGAAUCAGAGGGAGUUGAAGAUGAGAUAAUCCACCACCCACUGCCAAUUCAUGAAGAGCAUCUUGAACAAUUCUUUCCUAAAUACUUUGAGGAUCUGAUUGAUCGUCAGCAAGAUUUUGAAAUUCGUGUUCCGUAUACUAGAAUUCCAGACUGGUGCAGUGAGUAUUCGGGUGGGACUUCUGUAACAAUUCAACUAUCAGAUCCAGAAGAUAGUAUAUGGAUGGGAGUCGUCCUUUUUGUGUUUUUCGAAAUUCUUGAGCAGAGUUCGGAAAUGGAAGAGACCUUCUGUCAUUUUCACGCCUCGGAUGGUCGUCUUCAAAAUCGAGUAGUCAUUGGAAACUUUGAAAACUUCGUAGUUGGGUCGCAUGCAGUUUGUUGCUAUAAGCCGGCACGCAAAUUUGCAGGGAAUUUGAAAAAAGCAAACCAAGGAGUACUUCGAGCAUCAGUCUCAACAAAUCGACCCAGUUUGAGAGUGAAAGGGUGCGGAAUACGUUUAAUCUCCCAUCAAGAUGCGGCAAAAUUUGCCCAAGAUUUAAGUCAGACUGCUAAUCAACACCUCGAUUCGAAUUUUGGUCCACAUUGUAAGCAUAUGUUAGAUGAGGUGAUGAAAUUGGAAAGUUCUGGUGACGUGACGAUACUUGAUUACCGUCUACGGGAACCACCGUCAACUUCAACUGUGAAUCAGGGCAGCAGCAGCAGCUCUACCACAGCUAGUACUGAUUCUAGCAUCCCACCAGUACAAUCGUUGCUUUCAAAGCUCUAUGAGGGCCACAAUGGACGCACGAAGGAUUUAUUUUUUAGCUUUUGUCAUGAAGUAGUAGUAAUUCCGAACUGGUUCGACAAUCACUACUUGGGGAAUGUAGCACUGUGUGACCUUCCUCAAAACUUGUUUGAUGAAAGCAGAUGGGUAGGAUUAGAACUAUAUGUUAUAUUUUCUUGGCGUCAAUCCAUUUCGAGUCUCUUCCAUCUUCCCUCCUUCCUUUGUGUUGAUUUGUGUGACCAAGAAAGCAGCAGAAUACCAAGAUGUGUCCCGAUAAACAUUCCCUUCCCUCAGAAAGUUACAAGGUCCCAUGAACUUGUUGUGUUACACGUGCCACGUGUGUAUUUUCAACAACAUGUGUGGAGUCAAUGUCAGGUUAUUAGGGCAUUCUUUAGAACCACCAACUCAGCAGUAGAGGUUGAACUCUGUGGAGCCCGUUUAGUAUACGAGGAAGACUUGGGAGGCUUGACCCAUUCAUUAACUGAGUUGACAUUGGGGAGAUCGGAUAUGCUUGAGGAGCUUUGUGCGUAUGCCCAAGCCUUUUCUGCACUAACAACGGAAAAUCGCCUUCAGCAGGAAGCCAAAGCUAUGCGCAACAAUAAUGCAGAGGAAAGAGAAAUGCCCAUCGCUCCUGAUUCCAUGAGGAUCCAAAGGCAACGGUUAGCUGAAUCUGGACAAGAGUUUCUGAUACCAGAACAGGAUUUUACUUCAAUACUGCACAAGUAUAGAUGCUAUCUCAAACGAAAGCAUGAUGUCGAGGAGUGUGGUGAAGUAAUAAUAGUCCACUCAAAACGCUUAACGUUUACCAACAGGGAUUCUACCCAACAAAAGGUUGCAGAAGAAGAUGCUCCACCACCGUUGUCGUUGUUGGUCGGUCAUGUACAUGUAUUGGCUGAGACUCAACUCUAUGGAGGCUAUAGUCCAGCACAAUGGAAAAGGUACCUACAGGCUUACCUUCAAAAGUCCCUGGUGGCAACGCUCAGUCUUAAAGGAGAUAAAAUUUCUGUUUUCAAGCACUUCGAUCCUCGGAACACAUACAAUUUUUGUUUCCCUCGGAAGGAUUAUCUAGAGUGUUUCAAACAUUGGACUACUAUGUCACCCGGGAAAGGACUCGAAAUACCUCCAAAGCUGUAUGAUGAUAAAAAUUGGAGGGGGCUUGUUAUAAUUGCUUCUUUUUCAAUCCAUGAGCGUCCAACUGCCACCCUUGAAGAUCUGGGCUCCCAUAUCACUGUCAAACUUUUGUGUCACUUAAGAAUGGGUGAAUAUUGCUUGAAUCCAGUCACCAUGGGUUCCAUAACAAAAGAGAAAUUCAAGUGGUUACAUGUGCGGGGAUUUAUUUGGGUGACCUACAUACCCCGUGUUUUACUACCAGAGUUUAGUGUUGCUAAUUCUGAUAUUGUAGUGCACAGAAUUUACAACAAUUGCCCAUCCUUGAUAGUGGAAAGUUCUGGUAUCGGUCUCAUAUACCAGCAAGACGAGGAGGAAUUUAAGCAAGCAAUAAUCCAAUCCUGGACCUCCUUCUUUGACAAUGCGGAUCCCAUCCGUCAGUUUGUCGAAGGUCACUCUCCCGAGCAGCCAAAGCAAGAUCAUAUGCCCCAACCACACCAUGUUCAGGACUUUAAUCGAGACAUCAUACUCCACGCAAUUUUCCGUCCGAUUACCGAAAUUCUAGAGUGGUAUCGUUUUCACGUCAGUGGUUCUUCAGUGCAGAUCCCGUUGCCGCCAUCUCUAUGUACUCAGAGAAAUUGGACAGGACUAGCGCUUUAUGCAUAUUUCUCAGAUCUUGAGAAUCCAACUGCCUCCCUAGACAACUUCGAUCCAGAAAAUCCUCACAACCUGAUUUGUCACUUGGAAACUGACAACACUAGUUUGGAACUCCACUCCUAUCGAUCAACUGGCCAUGAAUUAAAGUGGUUAGAAGAUGGAGGAUUCAUUUGGCUGACCUAUAUACCACGGAAAUGGUUUCAAGAUCAGUUGAAUGGAUGUAGUCACUUAUUGGAUGCUUCAUUUGCAAGCGAUAGGGCAGGGCUGUAUGCGAAAAUCUGUGGUUUCCGUCCCGUAUACCAGCAUGAUGGUGAGAGCGAGGUAGGACCUAGCAGAGCAGAUAGCUCCAUCCAGGACGCUCACCAUGAAAGAUUGGAAGGAGCCGAGGGUCCUAAUAAGCCUAAAGACAAGGGUAAACAAGUUCAGGAAUAG